AUGGCUGCUCCAAGAGUCCCCCGGCCAAGGCCAUUAGAUUGGACUGGGUCGUCCCAGCUCGCAAUCUUUGUACGGAAUCUGAAGCUGCUGCAUCUAGAUCGUCGCAAUGACUGGCCCGGCAUUACACUCCAUGCUUUAUCACCGUCGUCGCAGAACCAGCGCCAGCGAAUCCGACUCAUCGAAUGGUCUUUGUACCAUCUGUUCAUGAUCUGGGACUCUGAACUCACUCAAAAUAAACUCCGUCCCUUUUUCCCACCACUAGAGCACUUACAGUCGGUCAAUCUUCGAGCAGCGCUCUUUCGAGCUUUGGCCGAGCUGAAAAAGAAUGGCGAUCUUGGAAGGGAGACGAUUCUCCGGAAAACCAUGCUCGAUGAUUGCAGAGGGGAAAAGUUCGAAGAAGUACUUGCCGUCUUUUCUACAGCCGUGCUGCGCAAGUUGCUGGCACUGUCAGCCACUGAAAUGAUUUGGAACCCAGCUAUGGCAAUAUCGACUGCCUCGGCCAUCACUCCUGUGGAUUACCAGAACCUUGUUCCCUUGAUCAUUGCGCAUCGAUUCUCGCUCAAUGCAACAGGGGCUCGCCGGGCGCGGUUCGAGGAGACAUUUGCACGAUUUUCGGGCCUGCUUGACGACAAAAGAGUCGAGCUUACAAAGCGGGCAGAGCAAACUAAAGGCAUCUCCAAUCGGGAGCAAAAUUUGUCACAGACCGACUCGGAAGCACUAGUACAGGAGUUGCGAACAAAUUGGAUGGGGAAUGUGGAAUGGGCUACUGCUCUGCAACAUGGUGGAUCUCGAACCAGCAGUGAUGCGUUUCUGGAACGCCCAUUUCCCCAAGCUUGGAAACAGGCAUCUCAGUCGACAACAGUCGAUGUAAAUGACGGCGCAGAAAUAGACCUUGUGACGGACCUUGAGACGAGGGUGUUGCGACUGCGCGGUCGGCUUCGCAAAUGGCAUGAGUUUAACGACUCGCUUCGGGAAAAACGCCAGAUACACGAGGGACACGUCACGCCCACUCUUUCAAGACCUCGUUUGAUGUUUCGAGAUCAUCAAUCUCUGACAGUGGCAAGUAUCUCGAAGACCGUUCGAGCGUCUGCAGAUCGCGGAAGAGAGUUGAACGAAGCGGAUCGUUCUUUCAUGGCGCAAGUGAACGCAGCCAUCACUCGCACUGAAGAUAACUCUCGCGUCGACCAGGGAGCGGAUGCGACUGCACAUCUUCCCGAAUUGAAACUUUCCAGAAAGCCUCGAGCAACGAAACCCAGCGAGUUCAUGACGGAGGUGAACCAUGACGACAGGGAACGAGCGAUUCCCUCAAUCGCCUUGUACGAGCCUCAUACUCACACUGGGUCUUCUUGCUCGGAAUCAAUCCCCUCAUCUCCACCUCCGCCGGCCAAUCUCCCUCCAGCAGGGCCCGGUGACGAUGCUCAGUCAGACGAAGAUGAAGAGGCCACUUUGCCUCAACCGCCUCAGUCCCAACCAUAUAACCUCGUCGAGCGAACCCGCAAAUCCAUGUCCCUUAUCCCGCCUCUCCCAGCUCAGGAAUCUCAUCAUCUUCCCAAACGGCGGGGUCCGCGUCCGUCCUUCCCUGUGAACCAGUUCGAAACUCCUCGAAAACCCUCUGGCGCUGACAUUUCCCGAUGCUCAACCCCGAAGGAUAAGCUGUUCGAAGAAGAUGCAGACUACGCGAGCGUUUUCAAAUCGAGACCUCGUAUCGCGCUCAGUCCGAUCUCAUCACCGGCUGUUCAUGUGAGUCCUUCUAUUAUGGAGGGCGAGAGCUUUGAUCUUGGAUAUGACGAGGGGGCUCUUGAAGAUAUGGACUCGCCUUCAAUCACUUCGCGAUAUCGGAGUUGA